AUCCAGGAUUUAGGGGUUAAGGGAGGUUAUGGGCUGUUGUAGACCGUUGUAGACGGUGUGUGUGUGUGUGUGUGUGUGACGUAUUUUAACGUGCAGUCGAAGUUCGCAGUUGUAGUAUUCUGUAUAUAUAAGUUUUUUAAAGGGUAUACCAUUCUGACUUUUAAAACAUCCAUGAAAGAAAUUUCCCAGUCAGUUAAGUGUUAGAAUUUAAGCCUCCAAAUAGUGAUAACGUUGUAGUUAUAGAGUAGUGUACAUUGUGUCAGAAGAUAUACCAGCAUGUUUACUUGGCCUGUAGUCUGAGUCGUAAGAUAGAAUUGUGAAAAUUUUAAUGUAUUUUGCAAUACAUAUCAAUUUGGACCAACAAGAGUGUAUUUUUUGAGAAUGAAUUGGACACCUUAUGCCCAAGUUUAUGAUCCACUGAAAGUAGGAAGUAUAGAUGGUACGGAUCCUGAUCCACAUGACAAAGCAAUUAUACGAGCAUUAAAUUCAGAGUAUAUACCAGAUAAGAAUAUCAAAGGGAAGUCAGAAUGUACAAUUUUUGUUGCCAGGCUUUAUAGACAAACAAAAGAAGACACCAUCAUGCAUGAGUUUUCCAAGUAUGGUCGUAUCCGAAGAUUUCGGCUUGUUAGAGACAUAGUGACUGGUUCUUCUAAAGGUUAUGCAUUUAUUCAGUAUGAAAAGAAAGAUGCAGCAAACCAAGCUUACCAGUAUGCAAAUAAUUUAAUAAUUGAUGGAAGGAGGAUUUUUGUUGAUUUUGAAUGUGAGAGGAAACUUUCUGGAUGGAAACCUCGACGAUUAGGAGGUGGAUUUGGUGGUAAGAAAGAAUCAGGACAGCUGCGUUUUGGUGGAAGAGAUCGGCCUUUCAGAAAGCCUCUGCCUGUUCCUGUAUCAAAAAAUAAAAUGCGUGACCAGAAAAACAAGGAUUAAGUGAAUAAAGAAGAACAGCUAUAAAAAGCAAGAAAUGCCUUUGACAUGUUUCAUCUGAGCUGUAGAGAGACAACAUAUUAUUAUUCAUCAUGAAGAUGAAUAUUUGUGGAAGCUUUCACUGUACAGAGGAAAAUAAGUCAUGAAAUACAGCCAUGAUCUAUCUGUACUGCCGUGCCUCAAACAUAUGGGAGAAUGCAGAGAUUGUCAUGUAAAGCCAUGAAUGAGAGGUCUGUAAUUCUUAAUACUUUGUAUGGCCAGUGCCAUUUAAAUGCCCGUUUCUCCUCCAAAUGGUUUCAAGAGGCACAGAAAUUUCAUAAAUUCUAGUUUAUAAAUUGUAAGAUGUUUGCAUAUGUAAGGAAAAUGUUGCACUGACAUGCAGAAUAAAAAAUUAAGGUAUUCAAAUUCUAGUA